AUGCGGCUGUACAAAGACACAUCCCACUCUCUUCCGCCUUGCACUUCUGUCGGCAGGGUCACCGCCGGACUGCUGCUCUCGUUCCUGGCCUUAUCGAGCCCGAUAGCUGCCUCCGCUGAGCCGAGGGGGCCGAAUCAACACCACCAACAACAACAGACACCCAUACUCUCUCCUCUGAUUCCGCCACCUGAGGUUUCGGCGCCUAGAGCGAAAGAUCAUCACCUGUUUACGUUGCGGCAUGUGUUCCACCAUGGGGACCUCAACCGCCCCGCACUCCACAUGAGGCUCGAUGUCCCGAAAACCGCAUCUGGCUUGUGGAUAGAAUCCGAGGAAGGGAAAGUGGAAGAAGUCAGCAGGCCGCUGGUGGUACGGACGAGUCCCAUGAAGAUACAUCGAUUGAAGGAUACACGCCCCUCGGUAGUAGACCCGAUGGUGGCCGCAGCGAGGCAGUACUCCCAAGUAUGGACUUCGUCGCCUGAAGCGUGGACGAUGGAUGAAGUCCACGGUCCCGAUGUUACGAAUAUGGAGACCAUCUUGACCUUUGCCCAAAUGGCGGCAAAUGCCUACGUGGAGCAACCAAACACUGGCGAUUGGAAAGACGUCCAUGGGGGCUACAACAGGACGAACGAUGUAGGAUUUGGGUGGGACAGUGAUGGGCUGAGAGGAUAUCUAUACGCAAACGAGGAUGAAUCGGUUGUGGUCAUCGGGUUGAAGGGAACAACGCUGGCCAUCUGGGAUGGUGAUGGAACGACUACAAACGAUAAGGAGAACGACAACCUCUUUUUCAGCUGUUGCUGUGGCCAGCAAGGCAGCUCAUUCUACAGGCAGGUCUGCGAUUGUGCUUCAGGUACAUAUACCUGCAACUUGACUUGCUUGCAGAAGAGUCUGAGGAAGGAAAACCGAUACUAUGCAGCUGCCCGGACUCUGUAUGGAAAUGUCACAGCAAUGUACCCUAAUUCCGAGGUCUGGAUGUCUGGGCAUUCAUUGGGAGGUUCCCUCAGUGCUAUGAUCGGCUUGACCUAUGGCAAACCCGUCUUGACCUUCCAAGCCGUCCCGGAUGCCCUGCCAGCGAAUCGACUUGGACUCCCUGUGCCUCCUGGAGUUGACCCUGACAGGCCAGGGCAACGUGAAUACACAGGAGCCUAUCAUUUUGGUCAAAAUGCGGAUCCGAUUUAUAUGGGAACCUGCAAUGGGGCUACAGCUUCUUGCUCUUAUGCAGGCUAUGCAAUGGAGAGUGCAUGUCAUACCGGUAGGGAAUGUGUGUUUGAUGUGGUCAAUACAAAUGGCACGAGGGUCUCGAUUAUUACCCACAAGAUCAUUUACGUGAUCCAGAACGUCUUGAUGAAAUGGACUAAAGCACCGGAGUGCAAAUUUACACCUGAGUGUUACGAUUGCCCGUUAUGGAAAGAGGUUACUGGUAACAGCACUGGAACAUCAACCAUACCAUCUUCGACGUCUACAAAGACACGGACACGGACCUCGACUUGUCAAACGCCUGGCUGGUGGGGAUGCCUCGACGAGACCACGACCACAUCUGGAACCACGACAAGCAGCAGCACUACCACGACGACCUCGACGUCUACCUGCAAAACCCCAGGCUGGUUUGGCUGCAAUGAUGAAACUACGACGACAACAACCAGCUCCAGCUCAAGGGUCCCCGUCACGCCAACUAAAACCUCUACGACAACAUGUGAGACGCCAGGAUGGUUUGGAUGUAGAGACUCAACUUCUACGUCGGUAGAUAUGAUAACGACAACUCCGCAGUCACACCAAAUAACGGCUCCGCCACCAACGCCAAGCUUCACACAAUCCCCAACGCCCACGCGCACACACUCGUGUACCGAGAAAGAGUGGUUUGGAUUGAUAUGUGUGGACCCAUCACCGACUUCCUUGCCAACACCUCACGAGUCGCAUUGUAUUCGCCGGAGCUGGCUCGGGGCUUGCAAGGAAUGGGAGGUUACUUCUUCCGCGUGGAAGGAGGAAAUUUAG